AUAUGUUCAAUGUCUGGUUUCCUAAUGUUGCAAGUAGUAAUUCAGAUCAAUGGCAGUACAAUGUUUAUUGUUUGGUCAUGCACAGCUGAUCAAACCCUGCAUACAAUGCGCGUGCUGCAUGUGGGCCCCUCUGUGACAAUACAGAUGUGUGCGUGUGUUUGUGUAAAACCGUCAAACAAUUUAAUUUAUAUUGUAGCAGCUUUAUUCACCGUGUAAAAUUAGAUUUUGUUAUUCGUGUUGCGACCCACUUGUUGCGCUGGCGGGUGGCGGGGGGAGCGACGGGUGUCCGCUUUUGUGUACAGGCGAACCAGCCGGAAACUCCCCGGGGCAGGUUGGGUUUUGACCGCGGUUGAUUGCUCAACAAACGCCGAUGUGUGCACCCGGGGUAUUAUAGCUGAUUGAGGCGCCCAGACAAACUGGCCACAUUACAAACGAAAACUACAGGAAAUGGAUCUUGCAUUGGAGCGUGUAAGCAAUCGAAUAGCUGAAAUGUUUUAUCUAGCACAAUGUGCACUCUACAUAGCAGUGAUAUGAUCAAGUUGGCACCUACAGCUGCCGUUUGAUGACUGAGGAACGAUCACAACAGUCACACACUGCAUGGGACAGGGAUAUCCACGUUCGACACUUUUCACGCUUGUCAUCACCCGUGAAACGGAUGUGCUGUUUCUUUUUCCGUGACAGUGCGUGGCGAGUGAUGCGGCGAGACAUCCGCGUGGACGCGUGGGCGGCCUUGGUCCUGCAUGCUGUCACGCUUCUCGUGUGAGAUGAUUGUUUGGAAACCCGGCCGAACCCACCAGCACCGGACGCGCCGGUUGCGUCGUCUUCUUGCAUCCUCGUGGUGGCGAUGGCUGCUGCUCCUCGUGCUCACCGUGUUCAUCGCCACCAACUCCCUGCUGUACCGGGGUAUCAACCGGGCCAACGCAGCGGACGAUGGCCGGUCAGUAGACCCCCGGAGUCUCCAUGUCAUCUCCAUCGACUCGUGGCAGACCGACGGCGAGGACACGGUCGGUGGUGGGCGCUGGGACCUGUACAUCGAUUCGCCCCGGCAAUUUCGCCGCUUGUCUGGGAAACAUCUGGAUAAGAGUGACACUCAGACCGGGGCAAACGGAGCCGCAGCCCCGAUGGUGAGGUACAUCACACGCGGUAGCGACACUAAUACCGACGUGGACGAGAAACAGUUGAAUGGCACGCAUGCCAACGCUGAGGGAGUGAGGGGGGUCGGCCUGGGAGAUAAACCCGGCAAACAGGUCAAUGUCAGACAGGAUUACCGGAUAGCGGUUGAUAAAAACCAAAAGGGACGAGCGGGGAUGGAAUUUGGAGGAAUUCGGCAACAUGGUAGCAAGCUCAGUAGCAUGGCAGUCGCGAGAAGGCCUAAAAUUCCAAGGAAUCUCGUAAACGUCCAGUCGGCUUUUAAUCAGUCAAAAUUGUACCCCUCGCCGGUCAAACUAAAGAACCGCAUUACGAAGCACUCGAUGAUGUCCAGGAAUUCCCAACAGUACAGAAACGAAGGGCGUGUCUUCAACACACCAAUCUCCACCGCCGGAUCGGACGAUUUGGAGCAAGGCGGUGUGCGAUUGAACAGCCGACCUCCCUGGCUGAGCGAAAGAGAUGCGGAGAUCCUACGGCGGUUGGCCAACGACCCCAUCUCCAAAUUUCAAACUUUUUCUUCCCAGCACGCCGGGAAGCUCGGCCUGGGAUUCCUCAUUUACGGGUCAGACGGUAAGAUUCGAGCCGCUGAGCAGGGUGACCGGCAAAACAGCGGCAGAGCCACGGCCGAUGGAAACCCACGAUGUGGCGAGUCGGGCAUCACGUGCGCUGUGCUCUUCCCGCCAUCCGAGAUCCACCGAGUCGCCGCGUUCCACCUUGACCGGGUGUUCGGGUUCAACCGAACGCUGCCGACGGUCUCCCGAAGGCUGUCCGAGGAGCUCCGACGCCAGGUCGGGCUGCCGGUGGACGUAACAUGCCCGCUGAUGCUUUACGAACCAGGCCUGUACGUGGACGCGGAACUUGCCGAACUGACCCGGACGCAACUGAGUGACUGUAUAGCUGGGGUUGAGGGUACAGAGGGGUUAGAAUGGUGCAAUAAUGUUCUGACUGAGGACUGGGGUGCUGUGGCACUCUUUGACUUUCUUUUACAGAUUUACCACCGAUUAGACUUCGGAUGCUGCGGCCUGAAAGUGACCGAAAGGAGGCGGCGGUGCGGCCGGGCCGUGGUGGGCGGAAGCCCGGCCUCUCGCCUCCAGUGUCCGGUAAGAAGCGGCACUAACGCGGACAGCGACCACCAGGUGAGAAUCGGGUGCAACUACCGUCUGUCCUCGGGAGAGGCAGACCGUAUCGUUCUGGUCGAAAACUUGGUCGACCUUCUUUCUCCCGCGGACAAGUUGGACAAGUGGAUCCUUCGAGGAAUCAACAGCUUCCCAGCUCGUGCCGUGGCCAUGAUAAGAGAGGGUCGGCUACGGCAGAUGCUCCUGCAGUCCCUCUUUAGUGACAAGGGUUACUGGGAGGGCCAAGGGGGCCGGACGGCCAUCGAGAAAAUCCUGGAUGUCAUCGACAAACGGGGGGAAGUAUUCCUCCAACACAUCGGCUCAACGAGGGAUUAGUGAAACUUCAUACUUGUAUUGUGUGGUACGGGUGGUGUCAAUGGUGCUUUUCAUAAGUGUGUUAACCGUCUACAAUUAAGGUUGAGGCUAAAGGCACCUUGCACAGUUUAUUCUUCCCUUUGUUAAUAGGGAUAAAUAAUUGAUUGCCAUUAUCCUGGCCCCACUAGUAUUACAUUUAGAACAAUAUUCUGAAAAUUUGCGUUUUAACACUGGGCAAAUCCGCAGAGCUAUAAAUCUCAAUGCCAAAGCCUUUUUUUCAAAAAAUGCCACAAAUGAAACGUGUUGGCUCCCUAUAUCAAUUUGAAGCUAAGUUUCUUCUGUUUUUAAUUGAAAUAUAGUCUUACUUACAAUGUCCAGCAGCAAUUAAGCUAUCACUUUUAACUGAAAUUUUAAUUAAUAAGUACAUAUAAAAUUCCAUUUGUCUGGGUACGUCCAACACCAUGGUGUUUCUACUGCAGUAAAACAUUGGAUAAAUAAUUUCUUUCUUAAGUCAUUGGAGUAUAACUGAUGUUUCAAAAAUAAAAUCCACUUGAUGACUUUUA